AUGAUGUGCCAAAUUAACUCACAUCAUCGGGCAGAAUAUGAACGACGUCUAGAACUCAUACAACCGGCUUUGGAUACCGCCAAGACACUGUUGCAUAGUGGAUGCAAGUCGAUAAGUCUGGAACAUUCUCAAUUUUACGUGACCGGCCUGUGCGCGGAUUGGCUAGUCGGUCGCGCCGAAAGAUUCAACUUAAUUGAAAUUUUCGCCGUAGCAUAUUCUGUCAGAGACUUUGAUUUCUCAGAGAAUCAGGUCUUUUACACGAUAACCGAUUGCUAUACGGGCAAACUUACCAUGGUGCUUAUUUUUGAAACCAAUGGCACCGAUCACAAACCACCCAUACAGAUUGUAUUUUCAUCGAUCGAUUUUUCAGUGUUAUCAGUUUUUGUAAAUCUAUUCGAUACUGACUUGAUUUUCACGUUUGAUUGUCUAUGUGAUUAUUGGAAGUGCACUGUGACGAAUAACGGUUGCUUGAUACACGGCGAAGUUAAGUAUCCACUUGUACAUGAUUUGUCUCUAAUCGAUGUUAACACCUUAAGGACAUUUAAAAGGCUACAGCCUAAAUAUCGGAGACAUAAGGAACCUGUUCAUUACCCUUCGCCCCGUCUUGAAGACUUGUAUGUUAAAGAAAUGGCUAUCAAAUGUAUCAACAAGUAUUCGAUGCGGUUGUUUCCAGCCACAACUAUUGAUCAAUAUAAGCCUCGUGAUUUGGCUUUGUCUUUCUGUGAUUACAUUUAUUGUAUGUUCUGCAAGCGCCGUGAAAUGUUGGCCAUUAAGUAUACACAAAUAUGGAGACAUAAAACGUACGCACCACCACACGGUUAUGGCUACAAAAUGGCUCAAACUCGUUUUUUAUCACAGCACGACAACGGAUAUGGUAACACGAAUAACAAUAAUUCCUAUGCCUUUAAUUAUUGUACAUGUAUAAAAAAACCAUGAUGACUAUUAUGAGUAUUAUUAGUGAUAUUGAUGUAGUAUAGACCACUAGUAUUCUAGCGGUAGGUAUGUAAAUUUAGUAUUUUUUGGAUUUUUAUCUAUUCAAAGUUUUUAUUUUUUAAUUACAGUGUAAACGGAUGAAGUUAAACCAUAUAUAUUCCUAACUUCAGAAAGGCAGGAUAGCAUGGUAACUGUAAAUAGUAAAUUUAAUCAUUAAUAUUUACCUUUAUUGAGCAGGCAAUCUUUUAUAAAAGCUGCAUCACAGCUACUAUUGAGUAGUAUCAACAAAAAGCAAAAAAAAAAAAAAAACACAGGAGUGAUUAUAAUGUAUUUUAUGUUAUUUUGCUUUAGAAAGCAUGUAAUUAGGUAAUAGAUAAAUCAGUGUUGGGUAAGUUACUUUUUAAAGUAAUACAAUUAUGUUAUUCGUUACUACAAAUAUUUUUAUUUAAAUUACAUUUGCGUUACCUAAAAUUAUUUUAAUAGCGUUACAUUACUUUUUCAUUAAUAAAGUAGGGCAUGGUAUAAAAUAUAAUGUUACAUUUUUUUCAUUACUAUCAUAGAUAACAGUCACCAUUUUUUUUUUUUUUUGAAUCAUAUUCUAUUAUUAAUAUAUAUAUUUACAUUUUACAAUCUAAGACCUAGUAAUAAUAGAUCUAUUACAUUACACAAUCAUCUCACCUAUAUCAUGGUUAUAUAGUACAAUUUAAUUGUAUAAAUUUAAACUCAAACUACUCAGUACUCAUGUCUAUAUAACUAAGUUAUUUGGCCAUGAAAUGUGUGAAACUAAAUGAUGCAGUGUAAUAAUUCCAUAAAUCAUAAUAACCAAUUUUAUAAAUACAAAUUAAACAAUACAAUUUAGUUAUUUUUAAUUUUAAAAUUUAUUUUGACCAACAAACAAUUUUCAAAGUUUUCGUCACUUAUUUUUUUGUUUUUGUGUACAUAUAUCAUCAGCAACACUAAAUAGGUGCUUAACCUGUCUCCAGAGAAUGGUUCUACAUCAUCUCCACCAAAAAGAAAAUCUUCAUCAUUUGAUGGUUGUACAUUGACAA